UUUUAUUUUCUUGCACAGCUGGCGUAUCAGCUGAAUUUGACGUUUCAUCCAACGAGCGAUGCACAGACGCGAAAUAAACCUAAACAAAAGGACAAGCGUUAGUCACGGAGCUUGUGCUAGCCAAAUAGCAACUAGAAGCAAAGGCAAUUAGUGUAUUUACCAAAUACAAUUCCCACGACAAGAAAGUCUCCGAGACACUAUCGUAUGGUGUGUAGUCAACCGAGACGUGCUGGUGUUGUCGUUGGUCUGGUGGAUUUCUACAUUUUUCGACGUACGCAAUUCGACCCGCUCCUGCAGGUUAUACGGUUGCGUAGCCAGAAGUAAAGCGUAAUUAAAGUGAAAAUCAUGGAAAGACACACGGAACGGUUCGAAGAGAGCAGAAAACCAUCGCCGGUGCCCGUUAUCAAACAAGACCAGCAUCUAAUCGCGGUCGUCAACAGUCUGCUGGACAGCUUGAACGACAAGGAGGAGCUGUUGCGUAGUACGACGGAAGCAUCCCUGAUCCGCAUUGCCAAGCGACGGCACGAUGAAAUCGUAGAAGUGUUCUGCGAGUACAGAAAAAAACAUCCAAAACUGGGCGACACACACACUCUAAUCAUACUGAGAGUAAUAUCAUACAUAGCAACGAACUUGAUCGACGUGAUCGAUCCUAACACGGCUUCCAAAUGUAUACAGUACAGCAUGGCGGAAAUAAUGAAGAUAACGGAACAGAAUACCGCAGUGCAAAAUCCCUGCCGGGAAAUACUUGUUGCGGUCGGGCGUCGAUACUGUAAGGAAAUCAUGGAGAUCUUUGUGAAACAUUUGGAACAGAACCAGCUCGGUAACUUUAUGAUCAUGCAAUCCGUCGGUGCACUCGCGACGGCAAACACGAUGGAUACGGUACCGUACAUUAAGCCGAUACUGGGACUAAUACUGCCGACGCUCUCCAUGGUGAAGCAAGACUUUCUGCGUCAGGCUUACGCGUAUGCGAUAGGACGGUUCUGUGAAGCAUUUUCCGAGUAUCAGGAGUACCAAAGGCAAAAUCCAAACGAAGAGAUACCGAUGAAAACGGGCGUGAGGUAUGAAAUUCACGACGAGGUUUCGAUCGUGUACGAUCACUUUCACGCCCAUUGGUUAUCGUCGCGCGAACCAAAGAUCACGGGUGAGGUUUUGAAUGCGUUUUCCUUCAUGUAUCCGUUGCUGCCGGUGGAACGGGUUAGUGACAAUCUCUCGAAAACCGUCACCAGUGUGUUGGCACUGUACAGGAAAAGCUUGGAUCGGAGCGCUAUCACGCAGUACCUAGCGGCGAUUAUCAAAACGGUCCUGGAGCUCGACUCGAAGCUACUAGCGCCGAUGUCCGACAAUCUGGUCGCAUGCCUGUUCGAGCUGGUGUGCGUAAAUCCCGACUACGACAAACCGCAGACGGUGAAGGGACACUUUGAGGUGCUGCGCUGUUUCGAUCUACUUGCGCCGGAGUACGGUGAAAAGAUCAUCGAGAUACUGCUGAUUCAUCUGCGCAACAACAAUGAACGGGAGCGCAUUAAAUCUCUUCUGGUGGUGACACAUCUAACCAACACGUCCGAACCGGUUGUGCGCGAUAAGCUGGCGGAGAUUACGGCUAUUUUGAAGGGUAUGCUCGCGACAGAGAAACCAAUCAAAGUGAAGAUUGUACUGCUGAAAACGGUGGUUGCCUUCAUGCAGAAGAACUUUGUGCGUGAUCGCGAGUUUGUAACGUUUCUGAUACGCAGCAGCUGCCGGCCGAACAAGAUUAAUCUCGAUUAUGGCAGUGCGGAUGAGCACCAGGAGUUUCAGCGGGCGUGCAACGAUACGAUGCAUAUACUUUCGUCCACCGUCGGUACGGUCGAUCAUAUGCUAAAGGUGGAACUGCUCCAGGCGUAUCUACGCUACGAAUUUACCGACAUCUGCGGUACGAUCGGCAAAUGUUUGGCGAAUUUGUUCACCAAAGAUCCGGAGCUAGUGCUCGCGACCGAACGAUCCAAUCCGUUCGAUGAGAAUUCCUCCGAAGCGGAGGAAUUGCCACCACCGCGUCCGAUUUCAGUGUUUGUGCGUACGCUCGCACUGUUGGGUAACUUUGGCGAGUUGAAUCGUAUUCAGCAUCUGCUCGCGUUUCUCAAGAGUUACGCCGGAAGUCUUUACCGCCAUUUGGUACCGCUGUGGAGUGAGCAGUUAGGCACACUGCAGACGGAACUAGCGAGCGGCAUUGAUGAGCGGCGGUACUUUGAGCUGCUGUUCGGAUUCGUACAGGAAACGAUCCGCGAUGUGGAUGAGUACAAGUUCGUGGAAAGCAUCAUCGCGGAGAUGUUCCAUCAGCUGCCACUGUACCAACCGAUCGGUAGCGGUGGAGGAGUCGGUGGCGGCGGUGGUGGUACUGGUGCAUCGCAAACGUUAGAGUUUCGCGUACCACCGCUCGAUCAGGAAAAGCGCAUGCUGGUGAAGGUGUUCGGCGUUUGCUUGUGCCAUUCGCUGGAUGAACAUUUGAUAGCGAACAAGCUCGAUCUAAUCAUCGCACUGGCGAAGGCGGAAAAGGGUGAAAAGAACGCACCGAGCGAAGAGUACGAGCGGCUGAUGCAGGACUACGCGGAAGCACUCGGGUACGCAUCGGUCGAGCAUCUCGACAAGGUAAUGGCCAAGCUGACCGCACUGGUCAUCGAUGAGGGUGCGGUGAAAAAGUCGAGCAGCUUCUUCUCGAACCUGAACUUCAUCAAGGAUAGUGCGCGCGAGCUGGAAACGUACAAGCUGAAGGUGUUGGCACUGCAAUCGCUGCACGUAAUUGUUGGCCGUGCGCCCACGGACUCGGUGGCGCUACACUUUACCGAACCGGUCGUGCGGUAUCUGAUUGCACAGUUCGACAGCAAGGAGCUGUUCGUGCGCCAGUUGGUGCUGAAGACGCUGCUCGCCCUAACCGCCGCACUGUCCCCGUCCGACGGUGAUGAGCGCAUGACUAGCGAGCGUAACCGGACCGAUAUGCAUCGGAUCUGCAUGACCAUUACGGCGGACAGUGCAAACGACUAUCUGCCACUGUUGCCCUCGAUCAUACAGCUCGCCACCGUACUGGUAAAGCUCAGUGCCGAGGAGCAAAACCUGGACGUGAACGGAUUGCUCAAUGCGAUAUGUUUUUACUUCUUCACUACGGCACAGAAUUUAAAAUCUCGCCUCGACUCAACGGAGGACGAUACGCGCACUAGCUAUUUGGCGCGAUUUCUUAACCUUUCCUUGCCGGAGGUGAAUCACUUUAUCAAGACGGUGCUGGUGCAGCAGAAUGCUUCACCCGCCUGCCUAGACGAUGUACAUUCGAUACUGGAGAAAUGGCUAAAAGAUCGCAACGGGGAGGUGCGUAUCUGCGCCUGUCACGUGUACAACAGCACGCUCGAGGUGUACAUGCGUUCGAUGAAGAUAGGCUGCGAGGCACCGUCCAAGUUUAACCAAACUGGCAGCAUGCUGGGGAAAAUCAUACCGCGCUGCAUUGAUUCGAACGCCACCGUACGGCAAACGGCGGUGGAUGUGCUGAAAAAGAUACUGGAAAUUGCCUGCGUGUACGAGACGCUUACCGUUGCGGAUAGUAGCGUCGAGUGGGUGAACGAACUCGAUCGGAUACGGGACGAGAUUGUGACGGAUGAUGCGAAGGACAUUUAUCGCAUUGCAGCCGAGCUGGCACGCAUUAUAGCGCAGCGUUUGUCCAGCUAUCAGUAUGUACAGUUUAGCAAAUGUCUCCUGUACAGUGUGACCGAUCCCGAAUCGAGUUCCAUCAUCGGUGCAUCGUAUGUGCUGAAGUUUUUCAUGCACGUCAAGGGUUCGGAAAUGUUUCACGCCAUACCGGAGCUAGUGAAGGAGUGUCUCUAUGCUGUGAAAAUUUGUGAAGUACCAAGGGCCAAAACAACGAUACUGAAGUCGAUUCUAGCCUUAACGAAACAUCAUCCAAAGCUAGUGUGCAAUGAAAUUCUCACACAAUGUUUACCGCUCGAAGACCACGUUAUUGAGUACUGGAAAACACUUACAAUGGAUCCCGAUCUGAGUGGUAUAGUGUUGGAUAAUUUUAUCGGUUCCGUUACCUCGACCAGCCUGUACGAACAACCGCAGCAGCAACAGCCGGAAACGCAUGAUGAAGCAACGCGUACCGCCACACUUCACCCGUUCGCCAUCGUGUGUGUGCUGCGGGAGAUGUUCCGCUGUGCGGAGCUAAAGAACGAAAUGCAGAACCGUUUUGCGGAGAUUUUUUGCAUGCUCCUGUCAACGCUCGCUUCCUAUAUAACGCUCUUACCACCAUACACCGUACUAGCGCAACCGAAUAACGCGGGUAACGUUACGAUACCGAAAAGCAAUCGGCGCGGUGCAAAGGGUACGGUGGGUGUGGGCAAGGACGCUGCGCUUAAACUGAGCCCGUGCCAGAUGGUGCUGGAAGCGUUCCAAACGUUUCUCGAAACGCUUGGGAUGCAGCAAAUUUCGCUCGUUCUGGCCGUCUGUCCGGAUCUAGCGGCUAGUACGGAUUUGAACAGCUUUAUUGAAAUUCUUACACCGCUCGGUGUGGCAACGGCCAGCGAGGUUGGCAUUAAUUCCGCCCUAAUGCGCCAGAUUGUCACGACGAUGAGCCGAUACGUGAGCAGCCCGUACGAUACGCAACGGAUCGCUUCGGCUGGGUUUUACGCACAUCUCGUACCGCUGCAACCGUGCGGUGAAUCGGCCUCGGUCAUUAUGCUCAGCCUCGAAUCAUCGCUGAACGAUCCGAACCCGCUCGUCCGUGGGCUGAGCAUCCGUGGUAUGGCGUACGUAUGCAGCCUAACGCGGCACGACAUCGACAAAUAUGCGACGAUGUGUUUGACAUCCCUGCUGAAGGGUAUCGAGGACUACAAUGAACACUGCUUUAUCAACAUCCCGCUCGAUAGUAUGCGCGGUUUGUCCCGGGUGUUGCAAUCGAUUGAACCGGCCAAGUUUGAACCGUUCCAGGUAUCGUCCGCCAUUCGUAUUCGUCCGUUUUUUGAGAAAAGUUCGACCGAAUUACGCGAAUCGGCUAUCCUACUGUUCGGUGAUAUCUGUGGCCUAAAGCUGAAACAGUUGACGAUCGAUGCCGAUGGACGGCAUGAAACGAUUUCGGAACUGUUGAUGGAACAGCUACGCGCUAACCUGUGCACACUGUUGUUGCACCUUUGCGAACAGAACAGCAUGAUCGCACGGGCGUGUAAGAUCACGCUGAAGAAUGUGUGCUCUUUGCUCGGUACGGCGAAGAUGAAUGCCCUAGCCCAGAACCAUCUGCUGGAACACGGUCAGCUACAGUGCGCCAUUUUUCUAAAGGAUUUUGUUAAAUUGAUUGGAGAAGAGCUACAGGAAUGGGUCAACGAUUUUAUCGACGCUUGCUUACCAAUGCUGCGCAGUCAAUGGCCAGAAAUACGCGGAAAUGCUGCAAUACUUAUUGGUUUACUUCAUUGCCAGAAUGCGAACGUAAAGCCUCAACAUAUGGAACAGAUCGGUCACAAAAUAUCGCUACUGCUGAAGGACGAAUGCACGACGGUGAAAGUAAGUGGAUCCGAAGCACUCGGCUAUAUAUACGGUGAGGUAUGAAGCUGUUCCUUUUCAUAGGGUUUACAACCUUUAAAAACUCUGUAACAGAAAAUAGCCGAGACUGAAGAAGAGCAGCUUCAUUGCAAUUACUUAACAUUUAUUCCAUUGCGCGACAUAUUAUGAUAAUUUGUCGCAGUAUAUAAAGUUAUAUAUAUUAUUUUUGUUAAUUUGUUUUGCACAUUAAACCGCGCGCGUGUGUGCUUUGUUCAAUUUAAUUAGUGAUUGAGCUUGCAGAACGGUUUCCUACCAAGGAUUCUGAAUAUAUAUACAAUUGCACACAAGCUAUCGAAAUGAAUGCGUCGUACUACGUGCUGCAGUAGUAUAUAU